AUGUAUUCACAAUUCAAAUCUGAUAUUCCAUUGUUUAAAGCUGAAGACUAUGUGAACAAGUUCGAUGCCAGGCCACAUGUGUGUGGAUCUGCGCUCCUCCAACUGUACGGCUGUACGGCUGUACCUGGCCCUGGCCCCCCCUCCCCCGACGAAGCGAACCCUAGGCACCCAAAUGGUAAACAAACUGCCACGACUACGACAAUUGUUGCCAAAUUAGAUCAUCAGCAGCAGCAGCAGCAGCAGCAGCGGCUCCAAACCAGACUGGAUCGUCAGGUCUCGUGGAGAGUCGAGGCUCACGUGUGCAGCGAUCCCAGCGCUGCGAUCAAAAAAAAGAAGAAAAAGAAGAAGAAAAAUAAGAAGAAGAAAAUAUACAAAUAAAAGCCGCAAAAGAAUUGCCAAUGAUUUUUUAUGCAAAUCAUAAAUCAGCCAUAGACAUUGAGACAUAGAAAUGGAAAU